GGAUGAUGUGUAGAUGCAUAAAAUGCUGAUCCAUGAUCAUCCCGGAUGGGCCGAAUGAAUACAUGAUGUCUGUGUUUCUCUGCCUGUUCAAAAUAAGCAGCUGUGCAUGGAACCAACGCAGCUGAACCUUCAGUAGGUGUUUAUAGGAAACAAUGGGAGAACUCAGCCGAAUGGGAGAACUCAGCUUAACAUCUUUGCUAUACCUUCGGAGCAAGGUGAGGCCAAGUGGAGAGCUGUUCUCCUGCCUGGAUCUUGCCUUGGAAAAACUGAGCCUGGAGCCACCCUGUGUGACCAAGAAUGCCCGGCUCACAAUAGCUGCCAAUCAAACCUUGAAAGAGUGGAGCUCUGGAGAGGGCAACUUUGAGAUCGUGAUCUUCCACAGUCAAGGCAAACCCCACUAUUACACCUAUGCAACCACGUGGGAACAAUACCGUUCCUGCUUGUGCUCCCAAACCUACCCCCUGACCCUGGGCGACCUCCUCUGCACCCGUAGCAAGCUGCGAUUGUGGAGUUCCUCCGAGUCGCUCUCCUUGACUUGCUUUGACCAAGCUGUGAAACGUUUCUCAAUGGAACCCAAAGUGGUAAAGCAAGAUGCCCGGAUGCUGGUGGAAUGUGACGGACAGGUGGUGGAAUUCAUCUCCGGCCAAGGGUCCUGCGAGAUCUCCGUCUUCCUGUCAGCAGAUGACGUUCCUGAGUAUGACGUCCAAGUGAAGAGCUGGAACGUGUUCCUGGAGCGUCUCCGAGCGGGGAUUGUACCCCUGAACCUGGGGAACAUAAAGUUGGUGAAGGAUACGCUAGAGAGCUGGAAGGAAGAGAUAAGUCGCUGCUUCGAUGUGGCCUGGUCAGCCUUCAUCAAGGAACCCAGAUGCAUCCAGGAGAAUGCCAGAAUGGUGGUUGUGGCUGAUGGGGAAAGAAUAGAAUUGGUCUCUGGGAAAGGAGAGAACCAGAUCAUGUUGAUUAGCUUUGAGAAUAGAGUCCAGUACCAGGUAUCUACACGGGGUUGGUGGGAGCUGAUUCUCAGGCGUCUGCACCAGGCAAAAGCAGAAUAGCAGGAUGCCGCUUCGACCUUUUCCAUACAGCUACAUUGGAACCUC